AUGGUAGCGAAGACGAACGCCCGCGGCCCUACAAGUGGAUUUACCGAUGUCUCGGACGAUGAUGUACAACUCCCCCCAGGCUACGACAGGGCAGGAUCUACAGUUUUUCAGCCAUUGAAGGUAGGAGCUUUCACGUUGCAGCACCGCAUUGUCCAUGCUGCGUUGGGCAGAAGUCGAAGCGUCAAUGGCCAAGAGAGUCCGUUAGCGGCCACGUACUUUGCACAGCGUGCUACUCCAGGAGGACUUCUUAUCUCCCAAGCUACCGGUGGUAAGCCAGAAUGGAUGGCUUGGCCAUUUUCCGCCUCGCUACAUUCUGAGGCCCAGGUUCAGGCUGUAGCUCGUAUUGUUGAAGCAGUACAUGAUAAAGGUGCAUUUUGGUUCCACCAGCUGACUCACGUUGGCCGCUGCACCUCCCCAGCUCUUGUCAAAUUAGCUUGGGAAAGAGCUGGGCACAUCGAGCCUCCACCUUAUGGCUUUAAAUCUCUAUCGGCUUCUGAGAUUGAGGAAUCUGGUAUCAACACCCAUUCCGGCGAACCGUUCGGCAUACCUCAUGCGGUUUCCAAAGAACAAAUCAAGGAGAUCCGUGAAGAUCUCAAGAACUCCGCCCAGAACGCGGCUAGAGCCGGGGCAGACGGAAUAGAGGCGAGCUACCCUCCUAAUACAAACCCAUCUCGAGCUAACUUUUCCAGAUUCUCGCAGGCAACGGCUUCCUCCUUGAUCAAUUCCUCCACGAUAACAUCAACCAGCGCACCGAUGAUCGUCGACGAUAUUGCCGAGGUUUUUGGUCACCAAAAGAUUGGCGUUCGAAUCAGUCCAUUUUCAAAUUUUCAUGAGACCGAUGGCUCUCAACCUUUGGCUCAACUGCUUCACUUAACGAGGGAACUUGCUCUACGUGGGGUCGCAUACGUGCAUGUUGGUGAAGCUCGAGUAUCGAGAAAUUUGGACAUCGAGGAAAACUUGAAACGGCUCCUGGACAAAGGUAUAGCCGCUGAGGAUAUAUCUUUACGCCCCUUCAGGAAGCUACUUAGAGAAGUCCAGCCCAUCGAUCCCUCACAUACUCCGGCUGUUCUCUUUGGUGCUGGAGGUUACACCUCGGCCACCGCGAUUUUGACAGUGGAUGAGGAUCUCGCAGAUGCGGUGGUUUUUGGCCGACGAUUUAUCUCGAAUCCAGAUUUGGUGGAUCGGGUGCGCCUAGGAUUACAAUUGACACCAUAUGAUCGUGAAACUUUCUACACUCACGGCGCCAAGGGCUACAUCACCUACAAAAACUAUCACGAGAGUCAGGGUUUGAAAGUCUUGCAAGAUAAUGGGAUGGCCAGCGGUGCCCCAAAUUCGACGACCACCGGCACAGCCGGCAGUGAGAUAGUGAGUGGUACUAACGGUCACACCAUUCGUAAGAGAGUUGCUAUUAUUGGAGCUGGAAUAUCAGGCAUCGUAUCAGCAAGCGCAUUUCAGCGACUUGGGGAUGAGUUUGACAUCCAGGUCUUCGAGCGAAAAUCAGUACCAGGAGGAAGUUGGGUUUACGAUGAAGUCUCCAACACUAUUCCGAAAUUCCCAUCUGAAACCCCCGACGCAGUCAAUCCCCCGGUUCUUCGACCGCAGGGUAGCUUGCCGUUGACGGUCCCUCGCAAUACACAACAACGCUAUACAUCGUCCCCCCUGUAUAAAACUCUUUACGCCAAUAUCCCUUUCGACGUUAUGACGAGGUCCUCCGCUUUCAAGCUUGCGGACCCGACACCAGAGUUUGCACCAUAUCUCUCGGCAGCUCAGUUGGUAGAUGGCGUUGCACAAAUUGCCCAUCAAUAUGAUGAUUUGAUCCAGUACAAUAGGACAGUCGAGAAUGUUAAAAAGGGCAUUCUCAUUGUCGGAUCCAGCGAAAGUGCCAUCGACCUGACGCUGCAGAGUCUACCGUACGCAAAAUCGCCCGUGUAUGUGUCCCAACGUACCCCACAUCCACGGUUCCCGACGAUAUUCGACCGUAAAGGGGUAGAAGUUGUCUCAACGAUUUCUCACAUCUCUGGGAAAGAAAUUCAUUUCUCUUCUGGUGUAGUAUUGACAAACAUCGACACAAUCGUCUUUUCGACGGGUUAUUUCUUCACUUAUCCAUUCUUGAGUCAGAUCCGGCCAUCGGUACUUAGUGGCCAGCGGGUCCCAGGUUUAUAUCAGCACAUUUUUGAUACCUACAACCCGAAUAUCGCUUUCAUCGGAGUGGCGACUGGGACCCUUGCUUGGCUUGCUUGGGAAAAAUCUGCAUUCUUGACUGCUCUUCUAUGGUCAGGCCGAAUCAGAUUACCCCCAAUCGAAGAGCAGAAGAAGUGGGAAGCGCGUCGACUGGCUCAGACAGGACCUAAAGAUAAAAUGUUCCAUAUCCUUGCACGCCCUAGCGAGCGUGUGAUCUAUUUCGAUGAGCUGAACGAAAUAGCUGGGGAAUACCUUAAUACUGACACACCCGACGAUGAGCUCCUCAGAUCGUUCCCCUGGGACUGGAUUGUGGCCCUUGGAACCAGUCAUGCUCGGAAAGCUCAAUUCUAUGGCAUAGCUACUUAA